AUGGGAUCUCCUGGCAUCGACCUCGAUGUCGCCCCGAAUCCUCGCACGAAAGAGGAAAAUCAGGAACGGGCGUUCAUUGCAGCUUCGAGACGGAAAGAUCGAAGCCUCGAUGCCCGCGUGGAGUCGGCCAACCGGGCUUCCAGCCUGCACAAGCAACGCACAGGCAAGGCUCUCCUCAUCAGCAGAGACAUUGUGGAGCGAGAGGCGAUGUACGAAGAGGUUGAUGAUCGCUACCAAGAGAAGAUCAAUCGGAUGCUGCAUGCUCAGUCCAUGCAGCUACAUGCCGAAUUCAACCGGAACCUAAUGGCCGCCUGGCAUGGUGCACGUCCCGGCGGUGGACUGCAUCAGCGGCGAGCUGCCAGUGCGCAUAUGAACCCGCGAGCCUCGAUCAACGGCAUACGCAAGAUGAGCCUUGAUCUGUCCGGGCUGCGAUCUUCCAUCGCAGAGGACUGCAGGGUGCAGCCCGGCCCAAUGACCAGUCCGCUGUCGGCGAACCCUAGCAGCUACGUGCUCUCUCCUACGUUGGACGGGACUGCGCAGUCGCCGUCGUAUCCCAACGUUGUUCCUGCGUCGGCGGGCCAAGUGCCAUCCUACAUUGCCCAGGCGGGCGGACCCACCUGGUCCCCCGUCGCCCAUCAGCAGCAGCAACUCGGCCCGCAACAGCCCUUCCGCUCUCCCUGGACUGCAGGCUAUCUAUCCCCUCAGCUACAGCAGCCUACAGCCUCUCUAGGUGAGAUGGCAGCGAUGCCGGUGCGGCAGUUCCGAGACCGCAUGGCGUCCGCACCGGUCAUUCCAGUCCACACCCUGGCCGCUUCUCCAUUGAUGGGCACUCCUGCCGUGGGAGGAACAACCACCACAGCUGCUGCUACGGUGACUCCCCCAACUCCGGCGAUGAGCCGCCCGGUCAACGUGAUCCAACACAACCGCGUCCGAUCGGAACCAGGUCAAACAAUCUUGGCACACGGCCUGCCGACCACUACUACGAUGUCGCAAAUGAGCUCUCCGCGCGGCAGUGGGCAGGACAUGGGAUCUUCUGCCGAGCCUAUUAUCCCCACGCCCGACUUAUGUCCUACGCCGAGUACGCCACACUCCCCUCACUCCACAGGGCAGAACCCUGGGGGUGUUUGGGGACUGGACCUGAAUAAGGAGGAGGGUGUGGAGGUGACGUACCAAGCGGAUGAUCUGGAUCCCGAGUAUGAUGAAUUCAGCCGCUUCGCAUUUGGACUGGGUAGUGGCAGCCAGCUGCCGGAGGCGGACGUGGGGUUUGACGAAUUCUUCACAUUGGAAGAGUACCCCAUCAGUGCUUGA